CCCCUCGUGCCCCUUCUUCUAUUUUCUUCAUACCCAUAUCAUAAAACCAUAGCCCCCCCCUUUUUUUUUUUUACAUUUUUAUUCAUUAUUUUACAUACAUACACAUCUGUAUAUCUAUCUGUCUACCUUUAUUCCCCUAUUACAAUCAUUAAUCAUCAUAAGUUUAUAAAUCUUUUUUUAAUGAGUUAACAAUCAUUGAAUUAAUGCUGAAGGGAUCUUCUCAGGGUUUUAGGAUCAUCUACUAAUUGAUACUAGUAGACAUGGCAGCUGAACUUGUUAAUGUAGCUACAAGCGAUAAGUUAACGGAAAUGGAUUGGGCCAAAAGCAUUGAAAUUUGUGAAUUAGUUACUCGUGAUAACAGGCAAGCUAGGGAUGUCAUUAAAGCCAUUAAAAAACGUCUAGGAAGUAAGAGCAAAGAUACUCAACUGUUUACUGUUAUGCUGUUAGAAGUGUUGAUGAAUAAUAUCGGAGAACCUAUUCAUACACAAGUGAUUGACACUGGGCUACUCCCUUUGCUUGUGAAGAUAGUUAAGAAAAAGUCCACCUCUGAUCUUCCUGUACGGGAGAAAAUAUUUCUUCUUCUAGAUGCAACACAGACGUCUGUUGGUGGAGCUAAAGGAAAGUUUCCUCAGUAUUACUCUGCAUACUAUGAUUUAGUGAGUUCCGGAGUACAAUUUUCCCAGAGGCCUGAAGUUCUUUCCAAAAAUCAUUCAACUUCAGACAGCAGUAAAAGCAAUAAUUCAAGUAACGGUGAACUUGCCACCACUGGACAUGACAGGAGUGCACCACCAACUGUACCACAGCCUGUUCCUGAAUCUAGUAUUAUUAAAAAAGCUGGAUCUGCUUUAGAAGUCUUACGAGACGUCCUUGAUGCCAUUGAUACCAGACAUCCUGAGCAAGCCAAGGAUGAGUUUACCCUAGAUCUUGUCGAACAGUGUUCAUUUCAUAAACAGCGAGUAAUGCAUCUUGCUGUUACGUCUCGGGAUGAGAAGACAAUAUCUCAGGCAGUCGAGUUAAAUGAUCUGCUCCAAAAGGCACUAUCUAGACAUGAUUCCCUCGUGUCUGGUAGGUCAAUGCCUACAUAUGCCCAAAUUGAGCAAGAAGAGGUGGAGGAAGAGGAUCCUGAACAACUCUUCAGAAGGAUGAGGAAAGGAAAAGCAUGUGUAAGACCUGAGUCGGAGAAUCAUCAACCAGAGAGGCCUUUAGGAUUACUGGGGUCUUCUGUUCCUCCAGACAGGCUUAACCGACCCCUCAUAAGGCCUAUCAGUUUGGAGCCAAAACAUGAACCCACUACAAUCCGGCCAUCUGGGACAGCAACAGCAACUGGAGGAGCUGUAGUAAUCCCACCCCCGCCUGCAAAACAUGUUGAAAGGGAGAAAUUCUUUCAAGAAAACAAAUCCGAUGGCUCUGCCCUUGGUGGUCACAUGAGGGGCCUCUCUUUACACAGCCGAAACGCCAGCAGUUCUCGUAGUGACAGUUUCGACUUCAGCGACUGAUAGAGAACUGUUUUUCUUCUUCUUAUGAAGUCGAAGUUAUUUUGUAUGUGUGUGGAUCUCAUAUGUGGGUUAUGGCCAUGCCUGAGAGUAUAUAUAUAUAUGUUGAAUGUGUGACUUAUUUUCGGUUAUACAAAUCAGACAAUCCGUGAUAUGUGAAUGAUAGGGGACUUGGUGAUCAAGGCUGAAGAAAAAAAGGAAAGAGACAAGGGGAUAGGAAGUGUUUUACAAGGAUCAAUAGACUGCAGAUAUUAGAAGUGGUUAGUGUUUGUUUGUUUAUGGGAUUCUUUUAUGGUUUGUGUGUUUUAUGUGUCAACUAGAUAGUGUUAUUUGGGGUAUUUGGAUGGGGAGUUUAUUAUCUUUAUUUUAAAAAUGUUGAUUUAUGAGGACUAAUUUUAUCAUCGAAUAUAAUGUUUGCAAUCUAGGAAUGUUUUUGUAUACACAAGUAAUUCAUAUGUACGUAUGAGAAAGCCUGUUAGUAAGAAUAAACCGUGUUUGUUAUUAAA